AUGCCCGGCCAUGAAAACAAACAUGGUGACGGAUUGCGCCGUAUGUCCACAUCGUAUGGCGUGUCGCGGAGAGACGAAACUGGAAGCGAGCGCUCGACGCUGAGCUUGGCGCUCGCCCUGAAAACGGCGAUUCUGGAGCGCGCCGUCGACCAGUGCCAGGAUUUCCUUUCGAAGACUCAUGCGUCCACAGCAGAGAGGUAUCCAUUUCUCGGCUGGCUCUGCAGUCCACGCCUGGGCGGGAAGAUCACCGGCAAAUCUGAUGCGCAGCGGUGCCGGGAGCUCGACCUCAGUUGCGCCGCGUGUCGGGCUCUCGCUGCGUUCGAACACCCGGGCCAAACCACGCACGAUAACGACCAGACAUGCAUUUACGGCGUGGCGCUGUCGGAGGACGCGAUGCGAAACGCCAUCAAUCCAGCUAGAAAGAAGAGGCCCGCGUGGGUUGAUACCCAGAUGCCAGACGUGCUCAAUUACGACCCCUACAGCACCGCCCAGCACUCUGCCACAUCCAAUAAUUUCACACCGCAGGAUCGCAUGGCCCACAGUUCUGGGUCGCUGUCGACGAGCUUAGGCCACGACGCAUGGUUCAAGAGGAGCUGCUUCGCGGAGCGGGUUCAGACCAUGGUGAAUUUCGGGCAGCGGCGGGACGCGACGAUGCAAUUUCGCGGGGUGGAGAAGUCAUUGGUGUGUUCUGACCUGGCUUGCUUGGUGCGCGUGAAUCCCCGGUCCCGCCUCGAUGCCACGGCGGCCGUGCAGGCGUAUGAACAUUACGAGAAGCACUUGCGCCGACGCGCAGGCACCCUCGGUCUCGGCUCCGCGGGCCUGCUACUGGAAUUUCUCCUCAACGUGGUGCUGAUGCGGAACACGCUGGGCGAUGCGGUGCGGGCGGCGCUCGCCGAAAAGUCGUGGGUAUGGCUGGAGGUCGCAGACGGCCGCUGGGUUAACCCGGAGGUUCUCCACGAUUUCGCUCACGCCACUGGCUGCAAAGGUUUAUUCGGUGAUUAUGUGAACCCCAUGCGCACCCGCGGUGAGCGCCCCGUGCAUGGAUUCGCCGAUUUGCUGGCGGACUUGCAUGCGUUCCAAGCCGUCGGCGUCGAUCUUGUCUCGGCUUUCGCCGGGGAUUUGGACGUGCCAAAGUUUUUCGAGGGUCUCCAGUCGGUCCGGGGACACAGCGGCAGUGGGUCGGCGGAUCUGCCAAUGCUUCGGUAUAUCAUCGAGUGGCUGCGGGACCACCACGGCGAUUUCUACAAGAGCCGGAGUGGACAUCCUGUACGAAUUAUGUGA